CAGUGGGGACGGGCGCGGCGGGAGCGCGGCGGGACGGAGCGGGUGCCGCUGCCGGCGCUGCCUUGAUCCCGGCGGGAAAGAGGAGAGGAGGAGGAAGAAGAAGAAGAAGAAGGCGGGGGUCUUCCCGCUGAGCCGGGCAGGAUGGACAAGUACGACGAUCUGGGUCUGGAAGCCAGCAAGUUCAUCGAGGACCUCAACAUGUACGAGGCCUCCAAGGACGGUCUCUUUCGGGUGGACAAAGCUGCCGGCAACAACCCCGAGUUCGAGGAGACCAGGCGGGUGUUUGCCACCAAGAUGGCCAAGAUCCACCUCCAGCAGCAGCAGCAGCAGCAGCAGCAGGAGGAGAUGCUGAUGGCCGCGAUGAACGGAGGGGCUGCCGCCUUCCACCCCCCCCGUCCCAGCCCGCCGGUGGCGCGGGGUUCCAAGCCGCCCCCCGCCGGCGAGGGGCCGCGGGCGAGGCCCUGCGAUGGAGGGGAGCGGGGCUUCGGAGAGAGCGGCGCACGUGCCGAGGCCCCGGGGAGCCAGGCCGGGCGCCGGGGCUGGGAAGCGGAGCCCGACAGGAUCCCCAGAGUGGGGGGCUCGCAGCCUGGUGCGGGGCGUGGGGAGCAACAGGCUGGGAGCCACGGCGACCCCCAGCCCUGCCGCGGCGGGCAGGAGAACGGCGGCGAGAGCAGGCGAGGUGGCGGGGGCCGUGACCCGAUGCCAGCCGGACAGAGAUCCUCCUCCUUCUCCAACGCCCGGACCCCCCCGGCACCCUCGCUGGGGCCGGAGGAGCCCCCGCCGCAGCAGAGAUCCUCAUCCUUCCCGGCGCCCUCAGCGCAGCCCGCCCGGGGCUUUUCAGGCUCCGCUGAGCCCUGCGAUCCCAAAGCCGCAGGAGAUGGCAGCCAGCUGUGGUACCAGGGCGUCUCGCUGCCCUUCCCGCCGGGCUCCACACCCGCUGCUCCCAGUGUGGAAUAUCAGCACGCUGCUGCCUACCCCAGCCCAGCCGGGCACUUGGUGGCCCACGGUCAGAGCCACCGGCCCGCCAGCAGCGGUGUGACCCCUGAGCCGGGCUCCUCUCGCCUGGCYUCGCGGGGCAUGGCGGCUCCCGAUGUGCCACAGACGCUUUUCCCGGAGGGCGUGAGCGGGCCGCAGUCAGACUCCGGGCACCUGGAUGGCUCCAGCACAGCAAAGGUGAAGCUGCCCUGCCAGACCCUCCUUCCGCAGCCGGAGCAAGGGCCRUCGGCGGCCGAGCUGAAGCUGGAGGCGCUGACCCAGAGACUGGAGCAGGAGAUGGAUGCUCGGCCAAAGGCCGAUUACUUUGGUACCUGUGUGAAGUGCAGCAAGGGCGUGUAUGGAGCAAACCAAGCUUGCCAGGCCAUGGGCAACCUCUACCAYGACAGCUGCUUCACCUGUGGAGCCUGCAGUCGAAAGCUGAGAGGAAAAGCCUUUUAUUUUGUCAAUGGAAAGGUGUUCUGUGAAGAAGACUUCCUGUAUUCUGGUUUCCAGCAGUCAGCUGACAGGUGUUUCAUUUGUGGUCAUUUGAUAAUGGACAUGAUCCUGCAGGCUCUAGGGAAAUCAUAUCAUCCGGGCUGCUUCCGAUGUGUCAUCUGCAACGAGUGUCUGGAUGGUGUGCCAUUCACUGUAGACUCUGAAAACAAAAUCUACUGUGUCAGAGAUUACCACAAAGUUUUAGCUCCAAAGUGUGCAGCGUGUGGACUUCCCAUUCUGCCYUCUGAGGGAUCRGAUGAGACCAUUCGGGUCGUGUCCAUGGACAAGGAUUACCAUGUGGAAUGUUAUCACUGUGAGGACUGUGGGAUGGAGCUGAACGAUGAAGAUGGGCAUCGUUGCUACCCACUGGAUGAACAUUUGCUUUGUCACUCCUGUCACCUGAAACACAUAGAGAAUGGCACAACCCCAGCAGCUGCCUACCAGCACCACUACUAGUUAGCACAGCCAGCACUGGAAAGCCAGGACAGAAGACAAGAUCUCCCUCUCCCCACCCUCAGUCAGUUUCCUGUGCAUGUUUUUCGCCAGUCAGGAAUGUUCCUGCACAAGGAUAUGAGAGAUUAUUGCUGGAUUUAUGAAGUUUGUAUUCUUGUGGGUUUCAGCUGCAUCACACCAUGUCUACUUGACCAAGAAUGUGGCAUGUUAUCUAAACUGAUCAGUUUACUUUUACGUGCCUUUUUCUGCCACCUGGAGAUUCUUCUUGGCUCAUUUUGGAAGAUUCUUCYGUGAAAGCACAAUUUGCUCUCGUGCCUAUGAACUCAGAUCGUGCCAUGCACUAUUAAAAAGCCAGAGGCUGCCUUGCCUGCCGGGGGCAUCCUGUCAGUCUACUGUUUCCUGACAAGCACAUUUCAUCAGGUUCCCUGAAGGGCAUCAACCUAUUAGUACCAGUUUUUUAGACACUCUCUCCUUUUAUUAAUUUUUUAGGAAAAGAAAAAGGUCUGUGCAAAAUGGCACACUCAGACCUUUCUGUUAAUUCCAUGAACUCCAGUGUCAAGUCUGGCUAUAAAAGUACCAACUCUUCAAACACAAAUCAGGCAAUGCUGUCUGGCAACUGCAGGCUGACAUCCCAUUUCAAACAGAACAAAAAACUGGAACAAGCUAGGCUAAGCUACUGCAGUGACUUGGGGCCCAGGCUUGUGUGUCAGCAUUACAUACAGGGGCCARUCUGCUGUGUCAGAGUCUGAACAGUAUUUGGAAAGGAAAGGUCAGGAUGCUGAAAGCGUGGACAUGGGGAAAUCCAUCCUCAUUCUUGCUUGCAGAGUUUGCUUUGGAAAAAAGCUCUCCAUACACAGACAGUUGCCUGAGUUUUCCAGUUUGUCCUCACAGCUCAGCCCUCAGCCUUGCUAUUCCUUUUCAUGUUUACCCAGCAUAAAGCCAUUUCAUAGUGGUGCUUAUUUAGAGCUCGGGGAGCGAACUCGAGAUUGUUACAAAGGCUUUGUUGCACAGGGAUUUAGAGCCCAGCUCCACAGCCUGAACUCAGAUGAGUAUGUUGACAUAAAYACAUUUGCUCCCAUGAAUAAUAACAGUUUAUCUGAGCAAGGGGUUAGAGAGUUUGGGCCUUASUUUCCAUUCUGCUGAGAAAGCAGGAAGGAAAAUUGUUUCUUUUCUUGACCCUCCCUGCUUUAUAGUCAAAGAAAUCUGCUCCCCCCAUGUGUGCUACAUGUAUGAUAGGUGUUUCUGCAGUGCAUGUCCUGUAGCAGGCAAAGCUGUGCAGUUCCUCAUGUACUGGUACUUUAGUUUAAGAAAAAGCUCUUCAUUUAAAGCCUCCGAUGCAGUUGGGGAUCUUAACUACUCCUGACAUUUUGUGUGGAAAACUAGUUAAAUCCUCAUGUAUCUUACGUUAGCAUUUGUUUCUGACUGGCAAAGGAUGGGAUGGCAUUCUUGAAGAUCUUUUUAGUGAGGAAACUACAAUAAAUUAACUGAGCAGCGGCACUGGGACUCCCAAAAUGUGCCCAUGCUGAGRACCCAUUACAGUUCAACCAAACCUCUUUUCCAGUAGCAUGGAUGUAGCUUGAACUUCACUUGAUAUAGUCAGACAGCAAUGUGUACCCAUCUGGAGCAGCACAGGUGUCAGGUAGCUGCUACAAGUUACCUGUCUCUGUGCUAAUAAAUCAUCUUGCCAUGGCUGAAAUGUGAAACUGCUCCAGUGUCAGGAGCUUGGUGGGCUUGGCAUGGAGUUUCAUGGUGCCAAAUGACCUUCCAGCCCUCUGCCUCAUUCAACCRUGAGUGCCUCUGCCUAUUUCUGCUUCUCUUCAGGAUGGGGAUGGCAGCUUGGGGCUGGAAGCUGGUCCUACCUGGAAUCCAUCCAGAGCUUUGAUGUAGCUUGGCUCUGCAGCACCAUUUUUCCUGGGGAGAUGCAGUACCUGAAGGCUCAAGGGAGGGCACUUUACCACUGUGAAAUAUAUCUUCUGAGAGUUUUACCUGUGAUUUUAGAGGAGGUAAAAUUGACCCCAAAUAUGUGAGCCCCUCUAGAGCCUUAAGUUUAGCCUCCAAAUGCUGGUUAGUGAAGGGAUGGGAGCCGACACAAAAUAUAACCAAUGCUGCAUCCAAUCAGGAUGGAUUGGGGACAACAACAGCCAGGGCAGAUCCCAUAGUGCUCUCACCCUAAUGCAUCCCAUCAGCUUGUGUCCUGCAGCACAGCUAGGCUGGAGYGGGGAGAGGGUGUUCAGGGUGUGACUGAUCUUAGGACUGUAUGAAGGGACUGAGGUGGAAAAUAACACCAGUUCACAAUCCCUAGUAAAUAAUUCACGUAGUCCUGGGCAAGUGGUUCCCCACCCUGAGCUGCUUUUGGCAGCAAARGCAAUGAGAUAUCAAAGUGAUUUUUGGAAGUGAGCUGUAAACACCAGCCUUGGACAUCUGUGCCUGUCUCUGAGAGACCAGCUGCUCUGUGGCUCAUGCUUUUGCUACCUCUUGAUUUUUUAGAGCAAGCCCUUGUGCACAUUUUUUGGCCUUCAUUUUGCAAAGAUCUGAAACCACUAGUGGGACUGGUAUUUUCUUUAUUUAAACUGCUGUUUAAACCUCUGUCUCACCCUUGCAGCCUUCUCCGCAGCCUCGAAAUAAGCAGGAGAGAAGGGGAUGGGGAAAAGGACAAUUAUCCUUCGUGGAAAGCCUCAAGCAGGCAGUUAGUGGCAAGCUGUCUGGCAGGAGCUCUCUUUGCAUCACCAGGAAGUCUGGCCUCUGCUCCUACACAGUGUCUUCUUACUCCUGUCAGCCAUCCUGUAUCCCUCAGUGCUGGGAAGAUGAAGGCUGCCCUACUUCCACUUUUGAGGUCCCCUAUAAAUUAUUAAAUGCCAGCACUCUCCUUUCCUGUAUUUACAAAGAGCUGGAAAUGACAGUGUGAAGCUGUUGAAAAAGGAGCCUGUGRGCUUGUGGGUUUGAAGCUAAAGCAUCUACUGCACUGCCCUACACCCCUAUGUGUGCUAACUUGCACUGCUUCUAUCUUUGGGAGUUCAGAUUUUUUUUAAGCUCAGUAUUAUUUCUCCYAGGCUGUGAAUGUCUGAGUCCUUGUUGAUUUUUCCCAGUUUGUCCCCAGCUCAGUGGGUCUGUCAUGGGGGGGAUGCAGGGGCAUCCUGCACAGGGGAAACUUCUCCUCCUGACCCUCAGCCCUUGCUGCCUGCCUUCAGGCAGCUCCCCCAAAGGGAAAAACAGCUCUGCAGCUGGAAGUGUGAGGCUUUGUGUCCUCUGCAGAAGAAUU